AUGGAUUCAUGCAAAUGCCCCAUUACGAAUGUUAUAUUUGAAGAUCCCGUUGUGGGUGAUGAUGGACAUACAUAUGAACGAAAAGCAAUUACAGAAUGGUUAACAAGAAAUGGAACAAGUCCAAUCACACGGCAACCUAUGAAUAUUGACUCAUUGAAACCAAACUAUACAGUGAAAAAAAUGAUUGAAGAAUUGAGAUCCGUAUCACAGCCGCAACAGGCUCAGUAUCGAUUUGAACUCGAUGUCGAUAUUGGAAAAACAAGAACGAGACCGUUGUUUCAAGGCUUUGGCAAAUCAAUCUAUGAAGUUGAGUGGAUUAAUCGCAAGGGGCCACCCAUUAUUUUACUCAAAAUUGAUGGAGCCAAAGCCAAUCGAGAAGCUUCAUUUUACGUUCAACUCGGUUGUCAUCCUAACAUUGUUCGAACCUUUGGACUUGUUCAGUGUAAUCCUGGUUCAGUUAUGCUUCUUCAAGAAUGUGCUCCACAUGGAGAUCUCUCUGAACUAUUGCGAGAAAAUGGAUUCAAACCGACAGAACGAGUUUUAAGAAAAAUAUUUCAGCAGAUAUGUGAUGCUAUGAUUUGUCUCGUAGACAAUGGAAUUACUCAUGGAGAUUUAGCCUGUCGUAAUGUUCUCGUUUUUCGUUUAAAUCCCAUUGAACCUAAAGAGAAUUUAGUAAAAUUAACCGAUUUUGGUUUAACAAGAGGAAGUACAGUUUAUUCAAUGAUCGAUAGUCCAUCAAUGUCAACAAUGACAAUCAUUCCCGUGCGUUACGCUGCUCCUGAAAUUCUCCAAAAUCCUGAUAGAAUAAGUUAUUCUGAAAAGUCCGAUGUUUAUUCAAUGGGCGUUCUGAUGUGGGAAGCUUGCUCUUAUGGUCAAUUACCUUAUUCCUCUUUACAUAGUGAUGAUGAUGUUAGACAACGAAAAUUAAAUGAUGCCAGACUUCCACACCCAACUUCAUGCAAACAACCAUUGAAUCAAGCUCCAGAUGAUAUUGUUUACAUUCCGUGCGAAUAUUGUAAAGCGCUAAUUGAUUUGUCUAAUUGGUCUAUUCACAUCGACACUUGUCGUGAAAAUGAAGAAAAUCGACUAGCAAAUCUCGCACAAAUAAUAAGCCAGGAACCUAUUACGGCAAAAUUUCCAUGUGAAUACUGUCAACAAUUAUGUUCAGCAGAUGAACUUGAAACGCACGAGGUAAGUACAACUAUGAGAUAG